UAAACAUUGAUUUAACUCAUCCAGCAUAAAGCCUAAUCCUCUCAUACAGGAAAGCACAAUGAAACAUCAGCUCUAUAGUGUAGGGCUGCUUUAAAGCAGGUAAUCUCUCUCUCUCUCUUGCACUCUGUUCACUCUCAUCAAAACUAUUAAUUUACAAAAAUCAGCAAAUGUUUCCUUUAUGGAUCCAUACUCCUAAUGUGUCCGAAAUAAAAGGCCAACCGUUAUUGUUGUUAAAAGUGUUGCUGACAUAUUAACUUUGUUUUAAUCUCAGACUAUAGUUCAUUAUAAUGUGUGGGAUGUCGAGUCUGUCUUAUUUUACAGCGUGGAGGCCGUGGAAUAUGUCUAUGUUUAGUUUAUGCUGUUAAUGUGUGUUCAUGUGUAGCGUUUCGGGUAGGCUAGCUAGAGAUUGCAGCUUUAAAAAGCUCAGUAUAAUGAAUCUGGAUCUCAGUGGAAACUCUGCGAUAAAUAGAUUUCAUAUUUGUUUCAAACACAAAAGGCAGGAAAUGUCUAUAAAUGUUGCAGGAGCCAGAGGGGAGCUGCGUUUCUCCUUUUUAUUCCACUAUGGAUUGUGACUGCUGCAUGGUCCCUUUGCGUGUCUGUGUGUGCGGGGGUUAGAGUGUGUAUAUCUGUGUGUGUGUGUGUGUGUGGAGGGGGGUGUUGAUAGUGGUUCUAUAUAAACCAUUUGCUGCUGAGUGUAUUUGUUUCCAUGGUUACCCCCAUGCCAAUGUAGAUCACGUCAUCACCAGACCAGACCUCUGCAGCUAUUGUUUACUGAUCGUAGAGGAGAAGACUGAACGUGUGUUCGACUUUAGAUACCUUCUCCACAGACCUUAAGACACUCAUGGAAGGAUAUUUAUUCGAAACCACUCAGUGACUCCUGUUGGUUGACUUGGCACGAAGUGUCCUCUGCUUGUAUCGCCAUCUGUAGCGCUCCAUACAGAGCUGCAUGAUUUGUAUUAGGUCCCGAGAGAGGUGUUUGUCACUGUCAUGUGAGCCUAACUUUGCUUUUUUAUACACUGUUUAAAGACAGGACGUUUUAGGAGCAUCAUGGCAGAAGCCCCUGUCGGAGAGGACGCACCCAAAGAGAAGGAGAGUGCCGCCCCACUUACCCACGAUUCCCUGACAGGUGUUGGGGUUGCUCUAUGGGAAAGAGUGUUGAAAGCAAGUGUUACCGCUGGUGCUUUCCUCCUGCUGUACACACUUUCUCAGCUCACAGGUUUGUGGGUCCUUUACAUACUGAAUGGAUACAGGGCUUUUCCAGCAGCACAUAAAGUUUUGGAUCUCCUUCAGUACCUUCUCUCCACCAGCGAUGCCUGUGAUCAACAGAUGGAGAUAUGGAGGGUGGAAAGCUUGUUGCCCCUCAUAGCCACACUCUUCUUAGGUGUAGUCAUCCUUGGUACUGGAACGCUGUUCUGCAUUAAAACCCUGGUGCCUGGCAACCCUUGCUUCCCUGAUGACCGUCGUCAGUCCAUGAGCAGGCAGCCCUCCUUUACAUAUUCAGAAUGGACAGAUGCUAAACAGGAGGAUUUCUACGAGCUGGAUGCUGUUCCUGAGACCCCUGUGUUUGACUGCUUUAUGGACAUGAAGACCGAAGCUGACCCUGUCACUCUCACUGUCAAACCUGUGGGCUUGCAGGAAAGGAGAGGUUCUAAUGUGUCUCUGACGUUGGACAUGUGCACCCCUGGUACUACAGAGCCCUAUGGAGCGCUGCUGUCCCCUAGAGAGCAGAGCACACAGGAAUACCUGCAGAACGCAUCCAACCUGCUCAGCCCCGAGCAGCUGCAGAAGCGUGCACUGGACGAUGCUGCGCUGCAGGCUGAGUUCUAUGAAACACCAAUGAACUUCGUGGACCCUAAAGAAUACAGUUUUCCUGGCGUGGUGAGGAAGAAUCGCUACAAAACCAUACUACCAAACACACAUAGCAGAGUUUGCUUAAAAGCAAAAGAGGAAGGUGAUUUUCUCAGCACCUACAUCAACGCUAAUUAUUUGAAGGGCUAUGGAGGGAAAGAAAAGGCUUACAUUGCUACACAGGGUCCCACUGUAAACACAGUGGGGGAUUUCUGGAGGAUGGUUUGGCAGGAGCGCUGUCCCAUUAUUGUCAUGAUCACCAACAUUGAAGAAAAAAAUGAGAAAUGCACAGAAUACUGGCCAGAGGACAGUGUCAUCUGUGAAGAUAUCGAGAUCACUGUCAAACUGGUCAUCCAGGCAGAUGACUACAGUCUAAGGAUUUUCACUGUGAAGAGUGAGGGUGAGGAGCGCACUCUCAGACAGUACUGGUACACAUCCUGGCCAGAUCAGAAAACUCCAGACAAGGCCCCGCCUCUUUUGGAUUUAGUUAGGGAGGUGGAGGAAGUGAGGAAACAGGCUCCGCCCAACAGUGGCCCUGUCAUUGUCCACUGCAGUGCAGGGAUUGGACGCACUGGCUGUUUCAUUGCUACCUCUAUCUUGUGCCAGCAGCUAAGCAAUGAAGGGGUGGUUGACAUCCUUAAGACUACUAGCCAGCUACGCUUGGACAGAGGCGGCAUGAUCCAGACAGCGGAGCAGUAUCAGUUUGUUCAUCAUGUACUCAGCCUGUACGAAAGACAGCUUCGAGAGACCUCAGAAGAGUAAAGCCUCCAUGAGCGCAUAACCUUCACAUCACUCCUCACAGAGCAGUUGACCUUCAUCCAAACUGACCCUCAGUACCUCAAGUAUCAUGUCUUCAAACACUACAGAAGUUUUAGGAGCAGACCUAAUAUUAGAUUUUAGCUAUUAGAGUCCAAUCUCCAAAACCUAAAUCCCACCAAUCAGCUAUUAAAUAUACUUUCACUUUUUUCUUUACCAUAACAGUAACAUAAAGAGGUCAGUUAUGUCAUACACAAGUACUGCCCACAUAAUACCGCUCAGCAGACCAUCAGUGCUCAAAUGUGACAAUGUUUGAAUACGUGCAUACUUUAUAUACAGUGGUAUGAACACAAUAACAAGCAGACACCAAGGCCUCCAUUUAUGAUGUAAAUUUAACAUUAGAUUUAGAGACCUCCUGAAGUUCUGAGCCUACAGAUACAGCAAUUUUCCUUUUACUUCGAAGACAUUUUUACAGGAUUUAUAACUCAAUGUUAAGAUGAGAUUUGUAGUGAAGUGUGCCUGUACAUUAAGGGGUCUUACAUGUUGAAAGAUCAACCUCUUGGCAAUCUGAACAUCAGUAUGUCUGUGUGUGCAUGUGCGUGUGUGUGUGCGUGUGUGUUUGUGUGUGUGAUAGUGUCGCAGAAACAGAAGGGGAAAGAGAGGUACUGUUUACUAUGUGUUCGAUGAUUAUCAGACUUUAACUCCAGAUGUGCGGUUGGUCUCUUGAAGAGGUUAGACUACCACAUUUAAUACAAAAUGGCCUUAAUAUGUGUCUUUCUGUUUGUACUGGGGUCUGUAUGGCUGUGUGUAAAUGUUGUCGGGCAGAGCUAAAGGCAGUGUGGUGUAACAGCCUGUCAUCGUCUCAUUCAGUAAGACUGAGAGAGGGACAGAGACUGAUCUCCGUACAGAAUGAUGUACAUUAUCCCUCAGCAUACCUUUGCCUUCUCGAUUCGCGUGUUGUCAGACGCUAUAUCGUGUGAAACAUUUUAGUUGGACUCUAAAAAGCAUUGAUGCUGCAACUCAAGGUUUUAUGUAUCAAAAAUGCCGAAACACUGUAUCCAACUAAUGUUAAAUUUGUAAAUCACAGCUUGUAUCAAUAGCAGAAAUCAUGACAAUGGGACAUAUAUAGUUGUGAUGUUUUUUGCUAGUUUCUGUUUAGUUUCUGAGCCUGUUUAACAUUGUUUAUAUGUGGGUCUGCGUAUCUGCUUAGUUAAGACGUAUAAUCAGUAUUUGCCUGAGUUGGCAGCUCGUACAGCUUUGCUGAGACUUGCAGUUUGCAUGAGCAAGUACAUUUUGAACUUCUUUUUAAUUAUGAGCAAGGACUUGUUUGAUUAGAAGCAGACAUGUGUGUGUGAUUAUGUGCAAAAGCCUUCUGAUAAAGCAGAGUGUCUGCUGUUGGAAUAAGCAUCUUCAGUCCGACGGACUCGUGUGAUCCAGCUGGAAGUACCAGUGCAAGCUCUCCUCUGAAUUUCUUUAGACCGUACUGCUACCACCUUAAUUGUCUCCAGUCGUUCUCCAGCUAGUCAUGUGUCCUCAAAAUGAUGUUUCCUUCCAGGCAGCUCUGAGCUGAAAUUAGGAGGUUUACAGAAGCUUGAAAACACCUCCUUGUUACACAAGAGAUUGUACUUUUUUUUUUUUUUUUUUGGUAGGUGUUGUUAGUUUAAGGCCUCAUGAUAGUUUGCUAGAAAUGAGAAUGACUUUCAUUCACGUGCUUUAAUCGCUGCUGUUAUAGUCUUUUUAUUAUUGCAGAACUGCUUUCGUGAUUUAGUUGGUACUGAGUAACUGAAUUUUAUUAUUUGUUUUUAAUGAACUGUCAUAUUAGUCCUAUUUAUUGAGUUUUGUCUCUGUUUUUGUGCUGUUAUUACACUGCCAAAGACUGUAGUGAUUGGUCCAUACCGCAAAACCUGAACAAUCUGAAUUCUGUAUUUACAAACUUUGAAAACUGAAGUUGAAACACCAUGUGGAAUUGUGUACAUAUAUGAAACCAGCAUUUAUAUAUUUUUAAAGUGAAAUAUCUGAAUUCCCACGGUAAAACCUGUUCUCUUACUCACAUGACCUUUCUUGAUCAGUGUGUUAUCUUUUCUUACAUGCAUGUUAGUAUAUUAUUUUAUGCCAAUGUUUGCCUCCUCCUUUUCAUAACAUGUAUGUAUGAAUGUAUGUAUACAAAUACAGUAUAUAAAUAAAUGAAACUAAUAACGAAAUCUAGUAAUAUACAUAUAGGGAGCUAGAUUUACAAUUCAUUUUUUAGUUUUAUUCAGUUAUUUACUCAUUUUGAAUUAUACAGUGAUUUGUAGAGCUAGAUUUAUAUUUCUUUUUUUUAUUCCGUUAUUUACUAAUUUUGAAUUAUACAGUAUAUAUAUAAGUUCAAAAGUUUGGGGUGAGUAACUAUUUUUAUUUUAUUUUUUUGAAAGAAGUCUCUGACGCCACAUUUAUUUGUAAAAUAAAAAUACAGUAAAAAGCAAAAUGUAAUUUGUUUCUGUGACGGAAAAGCUGAAUUUUUUCAGCAGUUAUUACUCCAGACUUCAGAAUUAUUUCUAUUAUUCUGAUUUGGUGCUAAAGUAACAUUUCUUAUUAUUAGCAAUGUUGAAAACCGCUGUACUACUUGAUAUUUUUGUGCAAACCAUGAUCAAUAGUUUUUUCAGGAAUCUUUGAUGAAUAGAAAGUUCAAAAGAACAGCAUUUAUCUACAGCAGAAUACUGUCUUAACACUGUGAAAGUCUUUAUUGUUACUUUGGAUCAAUUUAAUGUAUCUUUGCUGAAAAUAAGGAUUAAACAAGUCUUCUAACCUAAACGUUUAAAUAGUAUAUGGAGUAAAUUAUUAACCCUGUCUAUCUUUUUCAGUAAUUAGUUUUUCCAUUAAACAUCCGUGCCUUGCUUCCAGUCAAAAAGCUACAUCUUUGAACUUAGACAACAUAUAAGGCACAGUUUUUGUCCCUUAAUGGGAAACUAAUACAAAACUGAUCUUGUGAGGUCCAAGUGAGUUUGAAAACAGGUUUUUAUCAAUAAUGAUUAACUGACUCCUUUAGAGGAAUGUAAAUACAAGCUCUAUUUUACAGCAUUUGUGUCAAUUAUCACAGAAAAUAUUUGAGACUUCCUUCAAAAAAACACAAAAGUCAUAGUUUUGACAGAAUUGCUUGCUGACAAUCAUUCAGUGACUGUAGCCUGUAAAAUCAUUCACUUUCACUAUAUAUGUGAAUACAUCUGAAGCAUAACCAGAAGUUAAUCUACCUGGAAAUGUAUUUUCUGAGAUAAUGGCACAAAUGCUGUGGACAGCGCCUAAAUUCCAACCAGAACAUUCCUUAGAGGAAUCAUUUUUGAAAUGUUGAACCGAAUCUCUGUGUGUCAGUUACACGCUGUUUGCCACCCUGAUGGCCGUUUACUGGUUUUGUACAUUGUCUGCCAGGACAACUUUGCUGAACAUUUCCGAAGUCAUCAAACUCUAGGACUACUGUUUUAGUACAGUGAUUUUAUUCACUGUGAGGAAAUUCUAUUCUAAAAAGACAGAGUAAAGCAGAGUUAGUAGCCUUAAUCACCAGUGAUCACACAAAUGAAUCCUGUUUUCAUCGGAUGUACCGAUUUAUUAUUUUGAAGUCUAAUAAAAUAGAAUCAUUUGAAUCAAUGUUAUAUUCAAAGACUGAGAGAAGGGCCAAUAUAGCAGUUUAGAGAAGUCGUACCCCUCCCCCCGCCUGCUGCCCACUCACUCUCAGUCGGACCCCGUGCACUUCCUACAGGACGCUCCAUCUGUCCGGCUCGUCUGCGUUGCCAGAGAAGAGUAACAGACACACAGGCACCAGCAAACCAGUAUAUCAUUCUAUCAUACACACAAAUUAGAUCCUGGGCCAAAGUGAUUUGAAUAUAUUUAAAAGAGAGUGUGCUGUUUUAUGUUUAAAUAGACAUUAAUUUAAUCAUCAUGAAUGACUCACUACCAGCAUAGUAUGUCUUUAUGCACUACUGUACAAAUCUAAAACAAGCACAAAGAUGAAAUACUGAUUUUAUGAAUGUGAAUGCAGAGGCUUGUGCCUCAGUUGUCUUAAUUGCUCAUAUAUUUCAAUGCCACCUGAGUAUUUGACUUUUUUCUUCUUCAAUCACACAGAAUAUUUUCAGGUCUUUUAUUUUCUAGAAACCAUGUGUUGAGCAGUGUUUUAAUAUUUUCUGCUUAUUUAUGGUCCUGUGGUUUUGGUUGAAAUGUUUGGCACCGGAUCAUAGAUCUAAAAAAAGAAAAAAGAAAAUCAAUGUUUUGGUUUAAUUUGAAUCCUGUUCUAUAGUGAAAUAGAUGUGGUUUGAAAAUUCUAUUUGCCUCAUUGCUUUCGUAUUGUUCUUCUGCUGUUGAAUCCAAAUAGAAUGUAACAUGACUAAGUUUACAAUAUUAUGGCUUGUAUAAUUGGUAUAAGCUUUAAUUUUUAAAUAAAAACACCUUUCUGUUAAUCAGGA